AUGGCAGCCUCAGUGUGGUCCAAGAUAUCCGAUGCUCUUCCUCCAGAUGAGGAGCACUUUCCGCUGCAAUUCAGCGAAAAGGUGCAUGCAAGCAUUUUGGAAAUAAUGAAAAGAUCCAGAUGUCAACUCUACACCAAUGCCCCUGCCUCCAGCCGCCUGCUCAACGCUCAGAUCGUUCUGGACGUCUCAUGGGAGAAACUUAACAUGGGAACGUGGCGCCACGUUGACAAAGAGUGGCGCCGUGUCUACUCGUAUGGGUGUCUUUUCAAGGUGUGCGCCCUGUGUCAAGAGGAACCGUCGGAGGAGGACCUUCUGCAAGCCAUCCGUACCUGUGACAUGGGCUUGCUGAUGGGAGCUGCGAUCAUGGACGACCGACUGCAAGUUUUGGUCCGGAUUCUGCAGAAAGAAGUCCGGAAAGACACCAGAAAUGAGCAUACGGAGGCCAAGAGGAUCAAAUUGGCACUGCCGGAGGUUCCGCAGAUCAGAGAAGAUCUGGCAAUUCCCAGAUUAAAGUGCCCAUCUCUGGAGAGUUUCAAAGAGAACUACUUGCUCCCCCUCAAAGCGGUCAUUUUAGAGGAGACCAUUGAUCACUGGCCAGCCCUUAACCAGCACCCCUGGAGCUUAGAAUACUUGAGGUCGGUGGCGGGGUGUCGCACCGUCCCCGUGGAGGUGGGCUCCAGGUACACGGACGAGGAGUGGUCCCAGAAGCUGAUGACGCUCAACGAAUUCAUCGACCGCUAUAUAUUAAAACACAGUGACACCUCACAGGAUGAAGCCAAGUCCGUCUGCGGCUAUUUGGCUCAGCAUCAGCUGUUUGAGCAGAUACCAGAGUUGAAGGAUGACAUCCGCCUGCCUGAUUACUGCUGCCUGGGCGAUGGCGAUGAGGACGACGUGACCGUCAACGCCUGGUUUGGGCCCGCCGGCACUGUGUCGCCCCUUCACCAAGACCCCCAGCACAAUUUCCUGGCUCAGGUGGUGGGGUGCAAAUACAUCCGUCUCUAUUCGCCAGAAGACUCAGACAAGCUCUACCCACACCCGUCUCAGCUUCUGCACAACACCAGCCAGGUGGAGGUUGAGAACCCCGACACAGAACGUUUUCCCAAGUUCUCCAAGGCUCCCUACUUGGAGUGCGUGCUGCGGCCCGGAGACGUGCUCUUCAUCCCCAUCCAGCACUGGCACUAUGUGCGCUCCCUUGAGCAAAGCUUCUCCGUCAGCUUCUGGUGGUCCUGA